CGCUCGAAGUCGUUACAAAGGCGAAACUAACCGAACCCAAACUAACAAACCCAACACACAGUCAACACACAACACAAACACACACACUUUCUCGCUCUCUCCGUCUACUGUAAUGCUCAUAUCGAGAACCAGACGAGCAACUGCAAGUGAAAAAUCCAUCAAGAAUCAUGGAUGAUCGUCUUCCAAUCUACUCUCCACACUCUAUCCGCGCUCGGAAGAACAGAGGAAGUCUACUGUCGAAGUCACGAUGCUGCAAGCCGAAGAGGUAUAUCCACGCAAUUCCAGCGAUCGUGCUUAUUUCUAUCUUCAUCCUCUACUGGUUCUCUCAUCCAGUGAAUGUGGAGAUCAGGGAUGGCAGAAUUGAAGCUAUAUAUCAAGUCGAUGAGCCACUGUCUCUCCAUAAAAGUCAUGUUGAGCUUGCCAUUCUGGCAUAUGCUGCAUCACCAAUUCCCUCCGUGCUUCAGAAUGUCACAGGGAAUAAUGAAACUCAAGUUCAUACGGUGAGCAAGACCGAUUGAAAAACUCUUCUCUUCUGUUUGAAAAGCUGGUUUCAAGAGUUAUAUUGCUGAGUGACAUUUGUUUGCUCCAAAGUCGGAUUCUGUUCAAGUACCAAUCACACAUUGAUGUCCUUAAACACCCCAAUUCUUUUGUUUGUUUCAUAGAAAAAUUAAUAGAUUUUUUUCCAAUCUGUACACUAAAGAAACGCCAGGAUUCUUACUGCACCUAUGAUUUGUAGAUACAAUU